UCCUCUAACUCGACGAUUGGCUAGCAAGUCCUGAUUGCGUUCGGUGCUCGCCUCUCGGUCCUUGCGCUUGCGUAUUACGGCUUCUGCCUGUCGCCUCGGCCCGGAUCGGGAAGUGACAAGCGGGAGUCGGGUUUCCCCGCCUUCGCCGCUACCACCGCUGAACCCGGACCCCUUACCCAGGCCCGAGCCUAGCCGCCAUGACUAACGUGUACUCCUUGGAUGGGAUUCUGGUGUUUGGUUUGCUCUUUGUUUGCACCUGUGCCUACUUCAAGAAAGUACCUCGUCUYAAAACCUGGCUGCUAUCAGAGAAGAAGGGAGUUUGGGGUGUGUUUUACAAAGCUGCUGUGAUUGGAACCAGGCUGCAUGCUGCUGUGGCAAUCGCUUGCAUCRUAAUGGCCUUUUAUGUCUUGUUUGUAAAAUGAAUUACAAAAUACCCAACUCAUCAACUGCCAACCAAGGGGACGGGGGUGAAGAACCUGUUGGAGGCCUGGACCCAGUGUAGGAGAGUUCAGCCAAAAACAUCAAUGUCCCCGAGAUGACAUCACAGCAUCUGCCCCUGCCAUAUGUGAGGAAAACUACUUGUGGUCACRGAUGUUAUUUAUGCUUUAGGGGACUCCAGAAAGCCAACUUCCUUUGAUCUGUGUGUAAAUUGGCUCUCAGCAGUGAACAUAUAAUGUCCAGUUUAAKUAUACCCAUCAAUGAUAAGAUUACAUACCUCCUGCUUUUUAAAAACCUGUCACCUGGGCUGGGGUUGAGCUCAGUGGUACAGUAUUUGCUUAGCAUGUGUGAGGCCCUGGAUUCAAUUCUCAGCACUGCAAAAAAACAAAAAUAACACCAACAUGUCACCUAUUUUGUUCUUCAACCCCUCAUCAGGAUCUUUUCAAACUGAGGCUUAUAGGGAAGGACAUAGGCUGUGUUCAGACCUCUUGAAAGGAGAUAAUUUUCAAGACUUGACUUUUUUUUUAACUGUUUAAUAUGGUUUUGGCAAAUUGGGGAGGGAGGGUACCAGGUGGGAAAAAGAAGUUAUGAAAGGCCAGGAAAUUGCUUGGUUUUAGAAAAUUGUCUUUUAUAUACUUAUUUGGGAACAUGAGAGAGAGGCAUGGCUCUCAUUGCAAAAAGAGAAUAGAUGAAGCAGCUUGGUGUGUGCUGAGAGCUUGAGUUUUGCCAAGAGAAUCUGAGCUCAUAUAAAAAUCCAGGAAUUAACCAUCUGUGAUGAGACUAAAGAGCAGUGAUUAAGACAAGAAAACACUUCCUGUUCACCUGUAUCCCCAAAAGAAGACUUUACUCAAUCAUAUGGUAUAUGAAAAAUGAAUCAGCUGUUGCUAUUUCCUAAGGUUUUUUUAUAUUUUCUAACUUAGUGCUAAAUACUGUUACUCAGUUUUAAAUGCUACCACUAGGGGAAAAAGAAACUGUUGAAGAAAUAAUUGUUUAAUAUAUUUGCAGUUAGAGGAAAAGAUAUAAAUUAGCAUAUUAAUUCUUAUACUAGUGAAUUUAUCUAGUAUAAGAAUUUAUUGUGAUAUUAUAUGGAAGUUUUCUCAUGUUAUAAAAGAUUUAUACUUAGUCUUUGUGUUAGGCAAUUUUUAGUUGACUACCUGUUUUCUUGGCCAACUGCAUUUUCUUUAUAUCACAGUCUUUUUCAUUGUUUCUGGAAAUUAUUUACUGGGGAAACAUGAGAAAUUCAAAUGAGAAUUUGCUGAUAUUCGUUGGCAUGUUUGGACAGUUCAUAGACUCCAUUAGUGAAAUAAGAAUGUUUUCUAAAGUAAAGGAGAAUAGAACUUUACAAUCCAGAGAAAAGAGCUUUUUCAUUGACUAUGGCAAUUCCUGAGCAAAUCUUUUCAGAUGACAACAUUUUCAGGAAAGACUUUUCUGCUCCCUCCUCAUAUAUGCAGAAUCAGCUGUUGAAUUUGUGAAGCUAAAAACUUCUGUAUAUGAAAAAAAGUCUAAAACUAAAUUAUAGUAAGCAAGCAUAGAUAAAGAUCUUCCAGUUGAAUUGUCUAUUACAGCAAAACUUUACUGUGGACAAAGUUAGUUGUGGAUAUCUCCUGUGUGGCAAUAAAUUAAAUUGUCUUUUGUCUGUUUUCUAUAAAAGAUUAAAAGCUGCUAGGAAGUUUAGGUUCUACUAUAUGCAGUUUCAUGCUUUGAGGGAUCCUACAAGCACAAACAUCAUCAAGUAAACACUACAUGUCUAAUCAUCUCAAAGUUGUGGCUGUUAUCUCUUCAGGGAUUGGUCCACAGGGUAAAUUUCAGUUAUUCAUGUUUCCAAUUGUCAUUUCUGGAAUUUUUCAUAUGAGAAAGGAAUAGAAAAGAAAAGUUACAUCUUAUGGUGUGAAUUUGGAAUCUGUUGGUCAUAGGGAAUGUGUCCCUGGGAACAGGUUCAGCAUGUUUUGCACUUGUUAUUUGGUAGCUUUAAUGACUUGUUUUCUAAUAGGGCUAAUGUCUCUAAGUUUGGUGCUUAGAGCUGCUUCAUAUUUUAAACUAGUUCCAUUCCACAUUGUAGUUCAACCAAUUUUUAUAACUGCCUGGGUGGGUCAUCUUGGCCUAGACUCUUUGAGUGGUGAUACUUUGAGAUUUUUCAUUCCAGAAUGUACCAAAAAGUGUACAAGGUAAAGAUAAUUUACAGCAAGAAACAAAUACACAGCCUAUUUCAUUUCUUGAUUUCAUAUAAACAGAAAAACAGAAACUUUAACUCAUUACUUUGGUUGAUAUGUCAAACAUUUUUGGCUAAAAAUUAUAAAAAAAAAAAUUGUUCCUCUGGGGAAGUCUUAGGGGUGGGGGCGUGAGGAGAGCAAUAUUGCCUCAAAUUCAACUUGAUAUCACCAUAAACCCUGUGUACCAGGGUAGAAUGAAGWYRGCUCCUUUUUAUAAUUGAAAUACAGUUUUUUAUUCAUCAAUAUCUGCACAAAUCCUUGAAAAUAAAAUUUC